CACGACACAAUCCAGACUCGAAGUAACUUACACAAAUGAAAAUGGAAGACGUCUGUUCAGAAACAAAUGAAAGAUCGUGCAACGGAACAUCAGCUACUUCUUUGAUUGUCUCCCUUGAUCGGACUUAAGUUGUAGCCAGCUUAGUAGUAUACAGCGCCACAUGAGAACACAUACAGAUAAAGCAUAUUUGGACACAUUUGCUAAUAAAGCCUACACUGCCAUUAUAAAAGGCAAAUUGCCAGUUCAAGGAGACAACCAGAGCCCACCAGAAGAACUUUUCACUUUCGACUCGGGUGACAAUGUCAAAGGAAAGAGGAAAAGAACAAAAACCGACAAAGUAGUACAAAGUGAAAAACAGGAUGAGGAAUUAAGUCCCAAGAAUAAGAAAAAGGAUAAGGUAGAAAAAGAAAAACAGGAUGAAGAAUUAAGUCAAAAGAAAAAGAAAAAGGAUAAGGUAGAAAAAGAAAAAAAAGACAAGGACCAGACAAAAAAGAAAAUAACAGUCUCUGAAAAAACCACAAAGAAAAAAAGUGAAACGGCCACCCUGCAGCAAGUUGGGCAGCUAAUACUGAAAGAAGCUGGUUCUGACUUGCUGCAUCAGUUUUCUGUGGAUGACUGGAUGACAGCAACAGUAACCAAGAAGCAGAGAAAGAACCAACACAAGUGCCAGACUUACCAACAGCAUUAUCAAGUGACGUCGUGGGUCAAAACAAUGUGAAUGUUCAACCAAACAUCAUGCUGCCUGUCCAUGUUGAUUUAACAUCAACAUGGAAAGUAUGUACAAAUGCCAUGAACGCUGUUUGUGAUGAGAUUCCUGCACAUGUAGCAUCUUCUGAUGCAGCUGUUACAAAUACAUGUGUAAUCCCAGUGCCAUCGGCUGAAGUUUUAACAGUGAUAAAAGGCUUGUUAAGAAAUGAUGUGCAGGACUAUCUGAAAGCAGUGAUAGCUUGGUCUGCAAGACAGCAUCCAUGUAGCGAAAGGAAGGAAUACAUAAACUUAACUGGUACUGUUGAUGACAGACAAAACAACAUAGAAAUAAUGCAUCAGGAAGAUUCACCAUCAGCUAGCAACUUUAUAGAUGAUAGCUAUGAUUACACUAGUGCAUUUAAUGAAUCAGAUAUUCCUCCGUUAGUAAGGCGUUCUCCAAGAAAACCCAACAGACCAACAGAAGGAGACAGACAAAAUAUAUACCCAAUAGAAACGGCUUCAUGUAGUUACGAAAGUCAACCUUCAACUUCAACAGUAACAGAGACGCUGAGAAGAUCUCCCAGAAAAAACAACAUAACAACUGUAACACAGAAGAAAAGUAGUGACAGGCAACAGAUGGAUAUUUCUGACAGUCACCAGUCAACUGCAUCAGAAACAGUGUCACAGAGAUCUGAAAAAUUAUCUGAGAAUGUAAUCAAAGAUGGGAAAAUGGUAAAAUUACUAGAAUCCCAUGACAUACUGGUUGAUAAAGAUGAACUCAGAAAGGCCAUAUCCGCAGCCAAAAAGUCUCAAAAGGUGGGAUACACACUGUGUUACAAGCUGUUAUCCAGCAUGUUUUCUGUACCAGAGAUGGCAAACUCCAGGGGACAGGGUAUAGGUAAAAAGAAGGAGGGUGACAUCAGACAGCCAUUAAAAAGGAAAACAGUGAAUACACUGAAAGAUUAUGUGAUUGUUUGGUGCAAGAAAAACAGCUAUACUACACCAACAGAACAACUACGUAACGAUGCCAUUACAGAAAGGAUAAGCUAUGCCAGAAAACAGCUUAAAACACCCAGCAAAAAACUUAAGAGAUAAAUAAUUUAGACAAAAAGAGACAUUUUCAUCUGAAAUAUGUCCAAAAAUGUUGGAAAAACUCAAAUUUAAUAAUUCCUUUAUUGUAUGACAUUUGUAAUUCAAAUUUGUUGUUUAUAUUUUAUGACAUUUGUAUGUAGUUAUGUUUGGAUUUUUGAUUCAUGAAAAAAUCUUAUAUUUACGACCAAUGUAUACUAACCCCUUUUGUUAAAGAAAAACUGGCAAUGAUCUGUACAAUUUGUAUAUUAUCAUGAUUUAAUUUGUCAUCAUUCAAAUCUCAUUAUUUAUUUUUGAAAAUCAGCUGGCAUUAUUGAAAAUAAAAAAGGUACUGUU